UGGCCGUUUUGGAGUUUCGGUCAAUUGACCAUCGCACCCGCUUUCGUCCUUAUCGUCGUCGUUGUCUAUUAUCGUCGGUGUCGUAAGGUCGGGUCAGCCAGGCUUGUGGAAAAGGGAACUAGGUAGUUGGUAGUAGCAGUUGGGGGUUUCAGCAGGAAAGGGUUGCACGCGAGAAAGUUCCAGCAAAAAGUCGCCGAAAUAUGCUGCUGCACGGGGCGCAAUCUCCCUCCCAUGCGCUGGAUUCCCACGCGAUGGAGCCGGAUCAGCACCAACAUCAUCAGGCGAGGCAGCUAAGGCGCAAAAGAAAAGCCGAGUUCCAAGACAACGAACGUUUGUCCAAACGACUCAGUCUUUUGAAUCUAGAAUGGCCAGAAGAAACUCAAUGUCCCGGGGGAGGAGCCGGCUCCAUCAUCCAUGGCCCCCAACGCUGUUUCCAUGACUUCGUCGCCUUCUACCUCCCCCACCAGCCGUCGCCGCCGUCGCGACCGCAAACCACCACCAUCCGAUGAGGAAGUGAUGCAGCUUGACGACACCAAGCACAAGGUUUAUAUUUUCAACAUGGACGACGAGCUCUCCUCCUCUGAAAGCGAGCCCGACGAUGGCAAGCUCGUCUUCCUACCUGACAUAGAGAAGCACCUGCGCGCCACGCGCAUUCCGUCAUCCCUUCUGGCCAACCACGAAGGCCAGCUUGCCGGCAUGCAGGUGGUUCUGUACAACGAGCCCGCCUCUCUGACUGUCCCACCCGAGCAAGACAGCGUUCGUAAGGCCAUCGUCGAGUCCCGGACCCGUAUGCGCGAGAGACAGCGUCUCGAACGCGAGGGUAAGGGUUCGCCGGUGCAGAUGCCACCGCCGUUCGUCUCCCAGCAACCCGUAGGCACACUCAUUUCCGGUUCCCAGCAGCCGGUCAGCGCAGUCAGACCGAAUCAUCCAGCCCCGAGUGAGACCUCAGCCUCAGUAGACUACGACCCCGACGCUAUGGACGUUGACUAGGAUGGUUAGAAACAAGGCAAGUGAUUUAUUUAUUUAUUUGUUUGUUCAUAACGAUACUCACGCCUGCCACGAAUGUAAACGAGCUGUUCCAACGUGCCCACGGCAUUUCACGAACCGGGGUCAGCGAGGCGUUUCAAAGGUAUCAUUUUCAAAUCGUAUUGGGAGGAAUAUUCCU